AGGGAUUUAGACCUGUUUGCUCUGGCUUAUAAUAAGUGGGUGGGUCAACUAUUUAGACUGCUAGUACUAAAUAGAACAGUGUCACUUCUUCUGUGUAAUACUCUAACACAAGCCUCGGACACGAUGAUCAGCACAGUAAGGAUGAUGACUUGCUGGGCCGGACUGCUCUUAAUGUCAUUGGGAGUGGUCACAGGCUCUACAGUUGUGCAAGGGACAGACUGCACAGAGAUAAAACUUUUUUCCCCAGAUGCAUCGAGUGGCAUCUAUACCAUUCGACCAAAUGGAUUUAAUUAUCCUUUCAAGGUUUACUGUGAGAUGCGGAACGAUGGAGGAUGGACUGUUAUCCAGAGGAGGUCUGGUGGAAAGGUUUCCUUCAACAAGAACUGGCAAAAAUAUAAGUGGGGAUUUGGAAAUAUUCAGAAUGACCAUUGGCUGGGCCUUGCCAAAAUAUGGGGACUAACCAGAAGCAAGCAGCAUAAAUCAGUGCUCAGAGUAGACCUGUGGGACUUUGAAGGAGGUUCUGUCUAUGCAAAUUACCAAGAUUUUAGGAUCGGCGGUGAGAAAUCAGCCUAUAAACUGCAUGUUGGAAUAUACAGUGGCACUGCAGGUGAUGCUAUCCGUGGGGAAUAUGCUGGCAUUGACCAGAAUGGUUAUGGUUUCAGUACAUAUGACCGUGACAAUGAUGGCUGCUCCCCAUGCAUUUUUGGGGAUAUUGCGGUUAAUGAUUGCAGCGCUAAAAUGGGUGGAGGUUGGUGGUUUAGUCGCUGUGGCUCAGCUGACCUGCAUGGAAAUUGGCACUCUCGGGGAAACAAUAGGGGAUGGGCAUCUGGCCUCCACUGGAACACCUGGAGAUCCCCUGAGUCCUACUCAGCUAAGGCAACACGCAUGAUGGUCAAGACCAUUGAGCAAUGAUAGGUUUGUGCAUCUGCAGCAAGCAACAAAAUGAUAUAUUGCUUUUCAGCUUUCAACACACAAUAAUGCCAAUGAUUUCAACACACAAUAAUGCCAAUUAUGCCAAUUUCAUUAGUCUGUAUAUUUUCAGCUUGCAUGGGUUUCCUCCAGGUUCUCCAGUUUACUCCUACUGUCCAUAAACAUGUGUGUAGGCUAACUGGCCACACAAAAUUGCCCCAGAUGUAAUUAGUGUGUGAUUAUGUGUGUGUGCAUGUGUGUGCAUGGACUGGCGUCCCAUCCAGGGUGAAUUAUCCCACCAUGCACCCAGGAUUGUUACCAAGAUUGGCUUCAGAUCCACCAUGACUAGGAUAAAAUGGUUACUAAGCAUGAAUGACUGUAUAUUUUCACCAUUAACACUGUGUACUAAACCGUUUUCUGUGUACUAUUAUGAAUUCUGGCUAUAUUCAAUACACUUCAGGACUCGGCAUCCUAAUUCUAUUUUGCAUUCUAAAUGUUAGUGUUCAUGAAAUAUUUACCUACAAUUGUUCAUGGAAUAAAAGCUGUGUUUCACUAGCAGUAUAACUAACACCGAGGUGAUGUUCGGUCUUGGGUUAGGUAACAUCCAGAACUUUUAAGAAAAUAAUGAAAAAUUACGAAGCUCUCUUGUGGGGGAAAACAUGCCAAAACAAGCUAUUGAUAACUCAAACGUAACACAAAACACACAAUGUGGGGUCACCAUCAUCAUACUUAGACAUAUAGUUAGUUUAGUAACAACAUCAGUCCACAGCUCUAUAACCUCUUUUAUGCUACCUUCCAAACACACUUCUACUGCCUACAGAGCUUACAGUCCUUUAGAGUAGUGGGUACCUUUAUCUUGUUUGUCCAUUUAAAAAGAAUUAUGCUGUUAUGAAGUAAAGUAAAAUGCUUUUAAAACUGUACUGUUAUUGUUAUGAUGCAAAUAAUAAAAUGCUUUCAAGGCA